AUGGCUGACAUAAGACUAGAACGUAAGCUAAAGACUCUUGAUUGGUUAAAUACGGUUAAGAGUAAGUAUGAAGAAGAGAUUAAGAAGGGUGAAGAUGAAGUAACUGAGUUUAAACGUAAGACUUUUGAUUCAGAAGAAGAUUCUUAUCGCUUAAAGCACAUGGAAGAAUGUGUUGAUGAGACCAGACGAGCCAAAGCCUCUAUUGAACAAAGCAUUCUACAAGCCAAUCGAGAACUCAAAGCCCUCCAAGACGAACUAAGCAACCAAUAA